GACCGGCAACCAGUUUUUCCGUUCCUUUAGCACGAUCUGACCCAAUAUUGUCUGAAGCCAGUCGCCGUUCGUCUUACUUAGUGUUUCAUCGUGUUUUGUACUGUGGCAUGAUGUUGCUGAGGAAAUUGUGCCGGACUUCUCACGCGAUUAAUAUUUUUAGGACGUACAGUGUAAAUGGCGGCAAGCAAACUCCACCUAAAAUUUUAAUUACCGGAGGCCUAGGUCAGCUCGGCGUCGAAUGCGCCAAGUAUCUACGAGGAAAAUACGGCCGAGAAAAUGUUAUCCUCUCAGACAUCAUCAAGCCAACGCCGGACGUUGUAAAAGAUGGCCCUUACAUCUUCGCGGACAUCCUCGACUUCAAAGGCCUGCAGAAAAUUGUCGUUAACCACAGAGUUGAUUGGAUGAUCCAUUUCUCGGCAUUACUCAGCGCUAUAGGAGAACAAAAUGUUCCUCUAGCGGUCCGAGUGAAUAUAGAGGGAAUGCAUAAUGUUAUAGAACUCGCGAAGCAGUAUAAACUAAGAAUCUUCGUCCCCAGCACGAUUGGAGCCUUUGGCCCUGAUUCUCCUAGAAAUCCUACUCCUAAUAUAACUGUACAGAGACCUAGAACAAUUUAUGGCGUGUCGAAAGUGCACGCAGAAUUAAUAGGAGAAUAUUAUUUUUAUAAGUUUGGGUUGGAUUUCCGUUGCUUGAGGUUCCCGGGAGUUAUCUCUAGUGAUCCGCCCGGCGGUGGCACCACCGACUACGCUAUUGCAAUUUUCCACGAUCUCAUUCGCAAGGGCAACUACGAGUGCUACCUCAAGCCCGACACGCGCCUGCCCAUGAUGCACGUGCGAGACGCCCUCCGAGCCCUCUCCGAGUUCCUCGAGACUCCCAACGAACUGCUCAACAGGAGGGUCUACAAUGUCACCUCCAUGAGCUUCACUCCGGAAGAACUGUCUGAUAAAAUAGCUAAAUAUGUUCCUGACUUAAAGAUCACGUAUCGACCUGACAGCAGACAGGAUAUUGCGGACUCCUGGCCCCAAGUAUUCGACGACAGCGAGGCGCGCCGCGACUGGAACUGGAAGCCAGAGGUGGACCUCGACAACUUGGUAGCGCUCAUGAUGAAGGAGGUCAAAGAGAAGAUUGCAGCUAACGGUUUAUGAGCUGACGUUCAGUUUAGACCUAUUAGUUAUUCCAAAGACUAUGUAACUCCGUAUUAGAUAGAUACAGUCUAAGGAAAAAAGUGCCUCGAAAAUCAAGAAAAUUUGAUUCGCGAACAGAUGGCGCCAAUACGUUUUACCACCUUUGGCCUACUCUCGAAUAGAUGCCGUUGACGGUUUCAUUUGUUAAUUUAACAAUUUGAACGCAUAUCAGUAAAAGAAAAUGGGUCAACAUCAUAUAAAAAUAAUUAAUGCAAAUAAAAAAUAUCAUUUAUCCAUAUAUAAAUACAUUUUUUGAUAUUAUUAUUUUUAGUUUUAACCGUGUGUCGAUAGAUGGCAGUGAAUUUACUGUGGCUACAAAAUUUACUAUGACAGUACCGCUCUAUCCUAUUAUAUCCUCUUUUAUUCUUAGGGAGGGCCGAUUGUGCCAAACCAUCUGCAAUCGUAUUUAUUUUCGAUUAGCAUCAUGCUGCUGAAACGGUUACCAGGCAAUAAACUCGUUAACGCCUAUUAGUUAUUCUGUGUUAACGCAUCUGUAGCUACUAUCAUUUUCAGACCCGUUAAAUAGACUCCAAGAAUCGGAUAUGUUUUUGUCCACCAAUAGGGGAUCGGACUGGUACUUAGAGGAUAUAAGCAACGGAGACGCCUUGUCUGCAAGUUGCUGUACAAGUCUGCCAAUUUUUGCGGGGGAGGGGAACGUCAAAUGUAUACAUAUAGUCAAAAACGUUUGAAAACGUUUGAACGUUUGAGCUCAUUGUGUAUGACCAUUGGCAGACUAUUUUCGACAGAGGGGAACGCCUGUUAAUGGCUACUCCGUUUGGUUAUAUCCUCUAAGGACUGCAUGGUAGGUCAAACUGGUUAUUUUUUAGAAAUGCCAAACAAUUUGUCAGCUUGUAUAAUCUGCGUAUGACGUGACUGGAGUUCAUAAAGUACCAGCAGCCAAACUUACUUUACAUUUAACUAAAACAGCUGAAACAAACUACAUUUUGUUUACUUACAUGAAGACCUGUAAACGUUACCCACUUUUUGCAAAAAAAUAAUUGUUUAUAUAUUUGUCUGUAAAGAGUCGAUCAUAGUAACUGAUAAUUGAUUCACACUGAUUUAACUUUUACGAUUUUUACUCAUUAUUACGCCGUCCUCGAAACGUCGGAGGUAAAUUUAAAACUAAUUUUAUGCGAUUAAGUCCCGUCGUUGUGAAUAAUAAUGAUAAUUGAUUGUUUGCAUUAUUUGCAAUGUUUUUUAGUUAUGCCCACUUGAUGUAGAAUAAUUUUCUUUGAUUAUAGUCCGCUUCCCUAAUAAAUUAGCUUAACUCUAGAAAAUUUGAAUUAGGACAAUUAUUAUUACUUAUUCAUAAUAGUACUAAAAUUUUAGAUAGUAAAUUCAUAAUUGACAGCCGUCAAUUUUCAUAUUUGUAGAUUAAAGACUAAAGUGUUCAAACCCUGUGCUCAACUGCGAUUUUCACAUUUUAUAAUUAUAAUUAUUAAAUUGGUCGUGGUAUUAUCUAAGUCAGUUAUUACUUAUAUAAAUGCCGUUUAAUUUA